GAUACACCCAGCGGCUUCACCUCAAACUCGGACUUCUCUUCGGCAGCAAACGGAGCUCCCACUCCCGGGGGUUACCAACAAAUAUUCCAAAACCAGCCCGGGUCUGCAAUUGGCAUCUACGGCUAUAUGGGAUUCUCCAUUCUAGACAGCUACAGCACAUCUGAGUGCUCGAGCCGCUGCGACAAAAUCACAGGCUGUCAGUCCUUCAACAUUUACUACGAACGUGACCCAAGCACCGACCCAACAGAAAGCUGCACAAACCCACCCUCGACCACUGUAAUCAAGUGCGUCUACUACGGAGGCCCAAUCACUCCAGGCUCGCAGACCAACACCGGCCAAUGGCGUCGAGACUUCCAAGUCGUGAUCGCCGGUUCGAAUGCAUACGUCAACAACUCCAUCGCAACACCAGCAGGCUACAGCACGCCAACCUUCCUCGACAAAGCCGCAAUCCAAGCACCAAACGACUGCAACGGCAACCCAACGUACAUGGGCGUGAAGAUCUGGACAGACGGUCCAUUUUCCGUCGGCAACUGUGCCGCAGCCUGUUCCUCGCAAAGCGACUACAACCGCGCACACCCAGCGGCUGAUGGCUCGUUCCAGACCUGCCAAUUCUUCAAUACUUAUGUUUUGUACAACGGGACCCAAGCUGUGGGACAGUACUGCUCGCUUUACAAUGAGACUUGGCCUGCGGCUUUUGCUACUAAUGUUGGACAAUGG